ACGCCUCGGGAAGAAUCUGGGGUGACUCCGGGCUCUGCGGGAGGCGCGUGCUAGGAGGCAGCCCCAGGGUGAGCGUGGGGCGAAGGGUACGGGAGCUCUCGGCGACUUGCCCCAAGCGGAGGAGCUGCGGCAGCUAGCCGGGCUCAAACAGCUGUCAUUGCCCAACUCCAGCACCUUUCCCGGGAGGGGCAGGGGCAGCUGAGCUGGGGGAGGUGGAGGCACGAGGACGGGGUGGCAAAAGGGGACAGGAGCAUCCCCUUCUUCCCUCCCGCCGUAGUCCCCCCUCUCAAAUCCAGAGCCAGGAGGGCUGGGGCAUCAGGUGCAGAUGUCGGUGCAGCAGGUGUGGGAGCAAUCGGGAGGAGGACUGUGAAACAAUAGGAGCCGGAGGUGGGAGACUCGGGGAAAGUUGGGGGUGGGGUGGAGCAGUAAGAUAGCGAGAGGCGGCAGAAGCUAAAGCAGCCAGCCCCGGAAAGGUAAGGGAGGCUGGAGGGGGGACGAGCUACAGCAGCAGCAUCCGCAGCUGGAGUAACCAAGAGAGCAUCAGGAGGAGGGGGAGGAGAAGGAGGAGGAGCGGCGAUGGCAGCUUAAUUUGCCACCCGGAGGAGGCGGAGUUUCCGCAGCAGCGAGAACAGAAGGCAUUGCUGAAGCAGUAGCUGCGCUGGCUGGGGCCGGAGCAGGAGCCAGAGCCCGAGCCCGAGCUGGAGCUGGAGGGAGUCUGUCUGUGCGUGUGCUUCGCUGGAGACGGAGCAGCAGCAUCCCUUCUGGAGGGGUUGGGAGUGUGCGAAGGCAAGACGGAAACCUUGGAAACAUGACUUUCUUUGGCCUCGUGGCUCUGCUUGUUCUGCCAAGUACAGCUCUUUGCACCAGUUUUCCUGAUGAAACCAUUGCAGAAUUGUCUGUGAAUGUGUAUAAUCAUCUACGGGCCACUGGGGAAGAUGAAAAUAUUCUGUUCUGUCCUUUGAGUAUCGCUAUUGCCAUGGGAAUGGUGGAACUGGGGGCGCAUGGAUCCACCCUGAAAGAAAUACGUCAUUCCAUGGGAUAUGAAGGCUUAAAGGAUGGGGAAGAAUUUUCCUUCUUGAGGAAUCUCUCUGACAUGAUAACCACCGAGGAGAACCAGUAUGUGAUGAAAAUGGCCAACUCCCUCUUUGUGCAAAAUGGAUUCCAUGUCAACGAAAAGUUCUUGCAGAUGAUGAAAAAGUAUUUUCAAGCUGAAAUUGAUCAUGUAGAUUUCAGUCAAAAUGAGGCUGUAGCCAGUUACAUCAACAAGUGGGUGGAGAACCACACUGACAGUCUAGUGAAGGAUUUGGUUUUAGCAAGAGACUUCAGUGCUUUGACUCAGCUGGCCCUCGUCAAUGCUGUCUACUUUAAAGGGAACUGGAAGUCACAAUUUAGGCCUGAAAACACAAGAACCUUCUCUUUCACGAAAGAUGAUGAAAGCGAGGCUCAGAUUCCAAUGAUGUACCAACAGGGAGAGUUUUACUAUGGGGAAUUUAGCGAUGGCUCCAAUGAGGCAGGUGGCAUCUAUCAGGUUUUGGAAAUACCCUACGAAGGGGAUGAAAUAAGCAUGAUGCUUGUUCUGUCCCGACAAGAGGUCCCACUGGUCACCCUGGAGCCAUUGGUGAAGCCUCAGCUGAUUGAAGAAUGGGCCAACUCUGUGAAGAAGCAGAAAGUGGAAGUGUAUCUACCAAGGUUCACUGUAGAGCAGGAAAUUGACCUCAAAGAAGUCCUGAAGGCCCUGGGGAUUUCUGAAAUUUUCAGCAGAAAUGCAGAUUUCAGCGCACUGUCUGACAACAAGGAGAUUUUCCUGGCUCGAGCGGUCCACAAGUCUUUCAUUGAGGUUAAUGAGGAGGGCUCCGAAGCGGCUGCUGCCUCAGGAAUGAUCGCCAUUAGUCGCAUGGCCGUGCUCUACCCCCAAGUUAUUGUCGACCAUCCAUUCUUUUUCCUUAUCAGGAAUAGGAGAACAGGUACCAUCUUGUUCAUGGGAAGAGUCAUGCAUCCAGAAGCAAUGAACACAAGUGGCCACGAUUUUGAGGAGCUGUAAAUAUUUAUUCUCACAUCAUAAAAGGAAAACUGUCACAAAGCACACCAUGUUUGCCACUGGUAUCUAUUUAAGGUCUGUGUUCUCCAAUGUAUUCUAGGAACCCGUUCCAGGUCCACGCAAUCAUGUGAAUGGCCAGCUGGUCUUGUCAAAGAAUGCUUUCUGUAUUAUCAUGGUCCUCUUGAUGUCCUUGUGGUUACUGUGUUGGUAUUGAAAAUAAAACCAUCUACUGUAUACGUGAA